UAGACAUGGGCUCGAACCGAAAAGUGGCGUUGAUAACAGGAAUUACCGGCCAAGAUGGUUCGUAUCUCGCGGAAUUUCUCUUGGGUAAAGGUUACGAAGUACAUGGGAUAGUACGGCGCUCAAGUUCAUUAAACACUGGAAGAAUAAAGCAUUUGUACUAGGACUCAAAGACUCAUGAGGAGGAAUGAUGCACUUGCAUUAUGGAGAUCUGACAGAUUCAUCGUGUCUAGUGAAAAUAAUAUCAUGCACGAAGCCGGAUGAAGUAUACAAUCUCGGAGCACAAAGUCAUGUCAAAAUAUCGUUUGACCUUAGUGAGUACACAGCCGAUGUCGAUGCUCUGGGUACUCUGAGGUUGCUAGAUGCGAUCAAAACGUGCGGCUUGGAGAAAACUGUCAAAUUUUAUGAGGCAGCAACAUCAGAAAUGUUCGGAAAGGUUCAAGAGAUUCUCCAAAAGGAAACGACUCCUUUUUAUCCUCGUUCACCAUAUGGGGUUGCUAAAGUUUAUGCGUACUGGAUAACUGUGAACUACCGUGAGUCCUAUGGGAUUCUCCGCGGCGGGGAGAUAAAAGUAUCAAGAUCUGUGGCGAAAAUUAGUCUUGGCCUUGCGGAAUCCUUCGAACUCGGUAAUCUGGACGCAUCUCGUGAUUGGGGCUUCGCCAAAGAAUACGUGGAAGCUAUGUGGAUGAUGUUACAACAAGAUGAACCGGACGAUUACGUUAUUGCCACGGGUGAGACGCACACCUUUAAAGAGUUUGUUGAACUAGCGUUCUCACAGAUCGGAAUAGAAAUAGAAUGGUUUGGGAAAGGGCCUGAAGAAGUUGGCAAAUGUAAGAAGACCGGCAUUACUCGUGUGAAGAUAAAUCCGAAGUACUAUCGACCUACAGAAGUCGAUGAAUUACUCGGAGAUGCCAGUAAGGCUAAAGUUAAAUUGGGUUGGGAGCCAAAAACGACGUUUGUAGAGCUUGUUCAUCUUAUGGCGAAUUCCGACAUGCAGAUUAUGCUUCAAAACCUCAGCAUCAAAGGUACGAGCAAGAAAGUCCGGGGUGUUCAGCAGAAAAUAAUCAACACCCAGCUGUGGCAAGUGAAACUUUACCCCGCUCAAAGAGAUGACGAAGAUGGGCCCGAGGAGCGGAGCAUUCCUAUGGACGGCCGCAACGGGUUCAUGGACGAAUUCUUCGCGGAAUGCUUUGCUGGGACUAUCCCUGCUGCGGAAGUGGCAAUUUCAGUCCCGACGGGGAUGCAUUUUAACGGCCUUUCCUUCUUAAAUUGUCUCAGGGAUUGCUUCGAAGAGUGGACCAUCCAAAUCAAGCAGGAGCUGGAGGAGAUCAUGGCUGAUAUCAAGAAGACGGCCAUCAAAGUUCGCUCCGAGCUGAAAGUCAUAGAGCAAAGCGUGGAGGAGGAAGAGCGCACCAAGAGCAGCUCAGCAGACUUGAGGAUCCGCAAAUCACAGCAUUCCACGCUUUCGCGCAAAUUCAUUGAAGUCAUGACGGAGUACAACAAGACGCAGACUGAUUACCGGGAACGGUGCAAAGCCCGAAUUCAGCGACAACUGGAGAUCACUGGGCGAGUCAUGACGAACGAUGAGCUGGAAGACGUGCUGGAGCAAGGCAAUUCUGCCGUGUUUACCCAGGGGAUCGUGAUGGAGACUCAGCAAGCAAAGCAGACAUUAGCCGAGAUUGAGUCUCGGCACGCAGACAUCAUCAAGCUGGAGAACUCGAUCCGUGAAUUGCACGAGAUGUUCAUGGACAUGGCACUUUUGGUGGAAAGCCAGGGUGAGAUGAUAGACCGUAUAGAGUAUCAUGUUGAGCACGCAGGCGACUAUGUUCAGGCCGCAACACAGGACACCAAAAAGGCACUCAGAUACCAGAGUAAAGCCAGGAGGUAUCAUGUUGAGCACGCAGGCGACUAUGUUCAGGCCGCAACACAGGACACCAAAAAGGCACUCAGAUACCAGAGUAAAGCCAGGAGG